AUGAAAAAAAACUACUCCACUCUGUCCUCGUUGUCAUUAUUGAUCUUCGUCCUGGUCGCCCUCCCUCCGCCUGCGCUCGCACAGCAGCAACCCGCCGCUCCCUCCGGCACGCCGUCGUCCAUCCCGCCCCCGGCGCCCGCAAAUCCGUCCUCCCCCCUCGACAUGGGGUCCUGCCCUUCGGUCAAGAACAUCCUCGUGCUGGACGCGGAGGGGAAGCGCGUGGCCGUCAAGUACUACGCCGACGACUGGCCCUCCGCGGCCUCCAAGUUGGCUUUCGAGAAGUCGCUCUUCGUGAAGACCCAGAAGACCAGCGCCAGAGCAGAGGCUGAUGUGGUAAUGUUUGAUGGCUACAUUAUUGUGUACAAGUUCAUCCAAGAUCUCCAUUUUUUUGUAACUGGAGGGGAUGAGGAGAAUGAGCUCAUUUUAGCGUCAGUUCUUCAGGGGUUUUCUGAUGCUGUUGGCGUUCUUCUCAGAAACAAUGUAGACAAAAGGACUGCACUUGAAAAUCUGGAUCUCAUCUUUUUGUGCCUUGACGAAGUUGUUGAUGGAGGGAUUGUUCUGGAAACGGAUGGAAAUGUGAUAGCCGAGAAGGUGUCAGGCCAUGGAUUGGAAGGAGCUGGGUCGUUCACUGAGCAGACGAUAAGCCAAGCCCUAGCGACAGCAAGAGAGCACUUCGCGAGGUCUCUUCUGAAGUAG